AUGCCGAAGAUUCUCUGCUUCACACUUGGACACUUGAGUACAUCGAAGGAGCCUCUGUUAAAGACGUUUUCCUUGAGUUUGGGGUUAAAUGGGGACCGGUUGGACGAUGUUGCUGCUCAGAUUGGAGAGGCCAUCGCUAAGCUCCAUGACGGUGGCUUGGCUCAUGGUGACGUAACCACAUCAAACAUGUUAGUCAAGAGUGGAACAAAUCAGUUGGUAAACUAG